AUGCUACCUGAUAAUGCAACGACUGCUAUGAUGUCAACUCAUAGCCAGGCUACCGAAAGUACGUCGGAUCCGUUGAUUUCGAUGAUGAGCACAAUGAACAACCAGUUGAAAGGUCUGGCAAACCAGGUUUUGCUCAUGGCUGGUGAUAUCACUUUAUCCAACCAGACCAUGACUUGCCUCCAGGAGACUGUGACCAACAUCCUCGCUGGCCAGGCUGUCAUUCACGAUGUUGCUUCCAGAUGUAAUACUACAUCAAGCACUGAACUCGUUGGUGGUUUUUCAGCUUUGAUGGAAGAAGACAGUGUUUCUGGAAGGAGACACACAGAAAUAUCAGUCCUUAUUAGGGACUAUGUUAAGACACGAAACUUUACCAGCAUUGAUCCAAGAAAAAUUGCUGCGAAUGAUGCAAAACCAGAAUGGGUGCUGACAAGCUACUUCACAAGUAGCUAUAACCGUGGUCUUGCGUCGGCUAUGAGCGCAUACUUGCGGAGACAGCCCUGUUCUACUGGAAUACCUACACGGGUUCUUGAAGGUAUGGUAAAAAACCAUUUCACCAACCAAGUGCGUGAAUCUCGCAGACCGGCCGAAUCUGUAGAAAAGAAAAACACUGCCUCAAGAAGACGUCAGCGCGGUGUGGCAUUAAGUAAAAUCGUUCACUUUAGGUACUGCUGCAGCUAUUGUCAGCGCCCGUUGAUUGAUUCGACAAGAUUGCGUAACCAUUUAUCCAACAUUCAUAACAUUCAUGUUCCUUCCAUCUCCAGAGGGAAAAGGCGCUUCGAUACCCUGCCAAUUACCUAUGUCAACAAGUUUAGUUAUGGUCAAAAUCAAGACAUCAAUAAAGAAUAUGGUUGUCCUGCAUGCUUUUCCCACUUUCCCGAGAUCAAUUCACUGCAUUCACAUAUCCAGGAGGUACACAUGAAGCAAAAUAAUGAACAUGUUUCCGAUCAAAGUGAAGAAGACGGUAAUACAAACGCAACACUUGUAUCUAUUGCAACAUACAGUGGUAAAUCGAUUGAUUUUUCUGCAACACACAAUAUAUACGAGCAGCAUCUUCCAAAGCUGUCAAGAGAUUGUCUCAAAUUCCUGGAACCAAUAGUAACAGUUGACUUGCCAUCUAGCAAAUGUUUAAACAAAAAAAUGCGUGACGAGGUUACCAAUGAAAACCGAAAAAAGAGAGAAUUACAUACCCUCCAGUCUUUCACAAAUGUACAAGCACUCCUGCUGGCUACUUUAGAACAAUCUCUAGGUACAUUGCCGCGCUGGAUAUGGACGCAGACAAACGAAGAUAUCGCGAAUAUAAGCCAUGAAUAUCAACUUCUCCAGGCAUCCAAAUUCAUCCUUACCACAUUUGCAGACAACUGCACACAGAAAAAGCAGCAGAAAACCAACUCGGAACGAACAUACUGGAUUAGGCACAUAGUACAUAUUUUUCAAUCAUUUGCGAACCAAACUGGCUAUUUGCAGUUCAACUGGUGCGAAUCUCAGACCAAACAGCAUGCAUUGGCAGGAAUCAAUCUGAACAACUGGACAAAGCCCACAGCGCGAUUCUGUGAUGGUCUCGGAUUCGACUGGCUAGGCAAAGAAAGAUUGUCAAUGGAAGGAUCUAGCGGUCAACAUGAAGAAAAAAUCGAUCAUACUAUCAGCGAUACCGCCAAACAAAUAAUCAAUACUAUUUCAAUGCUGAAAGGAUUCACAAUGGCAAAUACGGAUGCAAGCUUUGAAACAUUGAGACAGAAACAAGCUAUGACUAGGAAUCUACCAACUAUCUCUACAAGGUGGUACGAACAGCGCGGAUUCCAAUCGAGUAUGAAGAGCGCGUACCUGCUAGUUGAAUUGAAAGAACAAGUUCGUGUACAUGAAACUCUUAACAAGGAACAAAGCAGCAUUAGUAUAGUUCAUCCCGAAGAAACUGUACGAAUCAAGCUGAGCAUCGGUUUAGACGACAGCGCAUAA